UUUUGACCCAAACAGGAUACAGGAGCAUGAAUGUUAGUUUCAGACCCACAGCACUUGUUUUUUGGAUACGAAUGGACAACCACAUAUUGGACACAUUUUCCCCCAAAACUCCCAGGGACCUGGUGGAUAUCAACUAAUUUCUUGGUCUAUGGCAAUUAUGUUGUUGAUUUUUCCACUGCUACUCAUUAGCAGCCUUGAAGGUCUUUCUGGAGCUGAAAAUGGGACGUUCUGCACCUCCAAUGCAUGCUUCACCCUACAUAUGGUCAGACUUAGGUUUAAGGACGCCCAGCAGAGCUGUGAACACAAUGGAGGUUAUCUGAUGACUGUCAGAAACAGAGAAGAAGAGGAUGUGCUGCGCUCGAUUCUCUCACAGAUCCAAAGACAACCUCAGGACAGGGCACUUACAUUUUGGAUUGGAUUAAAGCUGCACAGAGGUAACUGUAUGUCAGCUGGCAAAACUCUCAAGGGGUUUAAGUGGGUAUCUGGAAAAGAAGAUUCACACUACUCCAACUGGGAUAAAGAACCUGUUGCCACAUGCACAGAGGAUAGAUGUGUGAGUGUUUUUUACACUUCAUCAGGAGAGAGCCAACUGAAAUGGACAGCUGGACCUUGCAAGAGCCCUACUUUUUAUGUAUGUAAGUUCUACUUUCAGGGAAUGUGCAGACCUCUGACUCUGUUAGGACCUGGACAGAUAAACUACACAGCACCCUUCUCCAGAGAACCCCAAAAAACUAAAAUGCAAUCAUUUCCAGCUGGAACGUUUGCUGAAGUUUUAUGUAGUGACAAACAGUAUUACUUCUCAUAUUGUAUUGGGAUGGAUGCCGUCUUUCGUUGGAAUGUCCCCGGUCCCUUCUGCAAAACAGGAAAGCAAAACUGCAUGAUCAACAAUGGCGGGUGUGAACACUUGUGCCAUCAGGAAGCAGAUGAGGUUCAAUGCUUUUGUAGAGAAGGUUACAACCUGAGUGAAGAUGGACUCACCUGCAGGAUAAAAGACUUGUGUGGUGUUGAUACCUGUGAGCAUCAGUGCAUAAUGAGGGAGUCUGGAUAUUCCUGUAAAUGUCCAGAUGGCUUCAAACUGGACGUAAACCAGCGCAACUGCUCUGAUAUUGAUGAGUGCCAGUCACAAGCCUGUGAGCCUCAUUUAUGUGUGAAUACUCCGGGAAGUUACACAUGUGUGUGUAAAGAUGGUUAUGAAAUGGUGGACGGUGGGUGCAGUGAUAUGGAUGAAUGUGCAGAAUUCAGAUGUGAGCACAACUGCUUGAACAGUAUUGGAUCCUUCGCUUGCAACUGUGACCAGGGCUUUACUCUGUCCGAGGAUGGCCACUCGUGUGUGAAAGACAAAAAAAUGUUAGCUGCCUCAUCCGAUGACUCAGCGGAGGAGGAAACACAAGAAAAUGUCACAGAGUCUUUCACCAGAACGGUGGAGCUCCAACACCAGUCCCCUCAGGCUGAUGCACCGCUUCCUGACGUGGUGAAUUUGACGCACAGUGAUCAUCAGAGCAACAUGUCCCUUGUGGAAAGUUCUGCCAGCACAGGUAAUGCCAGGAUGUUAAUCUGCGUUCUCGGCUCAGUGGUCCCUCUGCUGCUUUUGGUCACGGUGACUCUGGCUAUUGCAAUUUUUCGAUGCAGCCGCUCCAAGAAGGAAGCCAAGAAAAACACCACAACAGAUGGCUACUGUUGGGUUUCCUCAGGUUUGGAUCCACGUUUAGAGAAACUGUAUGAGUCCAUUUCUACUGAUGGCCUAUGACCCAACAGUGAUGGAGAAGACUGCCCACCUAGACUGUUAUGUUAAUUUAUGUAAUUUAUGUUUUUGCCACCUCUCUUUAUUACAUAUCAAAUCAGAAAACAUGGUAAAAGACAUUGCACAUAAAGUUGAGGCACAGUGUGUAAGUAAUUGAAAAAGGAAGAUGACACUUGGACUGCAUCCCUCUGCCAAGAGUUCCCUUUCUGUCCUCACUGGAAGAUAUUAACAGAUACUAACAAAUAUAUAAAAAAUGUUUAAAAACGUGGAUACCUUUGAAAGGCAGAGACCUGUUCAUUCCACCUGAUGAUGCUCAGUGGUGCAUCGAAGCCCAAAAAGCUCAACUUCUUGUAGCUCAUUUCAUGGGGGUUGUGACACUCUAAUCCAAGGUUUUACAGCCACUUCAUUCAGUAGGUAUGCUCAUGGAACAAUGUCUUUUUGGGCCCCAGUGCAUCAUGUGAAGUUGUAAUAAAAUGAUUUUGCCACGACGAAAGCAGGUUUUAAAGCCUGGUGUGUUGGGUUUGGAGAACUGACAUGUAUGUAACAGUAUGAUUCCAGAAAGGUUUGAUUUGCAUUUAACAGGAAGAAACUUUUUGCCAAGAUGUUAAUACUAAAAGUGAACAAUGUAAAAAACAGUCUGCUCAUUCACUACAUUGCCUUGUUAUCAGUGGCCACAUUUUUGCAAUUUUAACAACAGACAUAUUUGAUGAAUGUAUGUGCCACUGCCUGUUUGCUAAACCUCUGACCAGCUCCUGACCCAAGAGCACUGAAUCAUUCAGAUGAUAUCAAAAGAUUAUAUACCGUACUGUAGUAUGUUCACCUUCCCAUGUCACCACAUGGCAGUGACGGAAGAAGUUUAUUUCAGUUUACUUAAAGCUACUGUUACUGCUUUUUUGGGGGGGGGCCUCUUGGGGGCAGCAGAAACAAGUUGAGAACACAAAUGUACUUAUAAAGGUGUGUAAGUAAGCAACUGUUUGCAGUCACGAUAUUACAGUGUAACAGUUAAGAAAAAGGAAAAUAAUUAAUUUUGUGUCAUGUCUCUGGCCACCUGGCAUACAAAAUGCAUAAAAGUGUUUGUCUUUUAGCUUUGUUUUUAGUCUCUGCCACCUCCUGAGAGAUAUGCUGACUUGGAUUUAGCAGCUUAAUGCUAGAGUUUGUUCACCAGCUAGUCGCUAAUUGCUGUUUGAAGCUGAGCAGGCAGUGUGUGGUAGGUUUUUAGAGCCUUUUCACAGAAGACAGCCGCUUGCAAUGGCAGAAAUUAUGAUUGUGUGAGCUUUUGUGAUUGUAGCUGCUUUAAAUACAUUAGUGGAUUAAAAAGUCAAGUAUUAGGAUCUGAAAUGUAGUGAAGUAGUGUUUGUGCACAAAGUUAAAGGAGACAUUGUGGUCAUUUUCAGGUUCAUAAUUUUAUUUCAGAGGACUACUAGAAUACAUUCACAUGCUAUAGUGCUCAAAAAACAAAUUUUUGUUUUCUCAUAUUGUCCAGCGCAGCUGCACUGUAUUCUGCCUCUGUCUAAACACUCUGUUUUAGCUCCUGUCUAUUUAAGACAGGAAGACCCCUGAAUCCCCAAUUUGCCAUGAUUAGUCAGCUCACACACAGCCUUAGCCACCACAGCUAACAUCAACACAGGAGCAAAAUCAAUUACUUUGUUCCAAACUAGUUUAUUAUCCAAAUGUGCGAUAGAUGUGAUUUCAAGAUGUUGUUAAAUUACUACUGAUGAUACAUUCCAGGGGCAGCAUAUUGUGUGGGAGAGAGGAACUUCUGUUGGUGUAGACAUUUUUAACAUGUUUUACUUGCUGAUGCUGAGUUUUCAUAUCUGAUGCUGGUGUAAAUAUGAUGCCAUGAUAAACUAAUGUAUAGUAUCGAGUCAAUACAUUUUGUGUGUGAUAAAGUAAUGCUAUAAGGCAAAAUAAAUGGUUUGUUUGAAAAAACUGUAUCUCAUUUCCUUCCUGUCUUUAGCUUGGUCAUUGUCCAGAAGGGCGUUGUUUCCUGAGUAGGCACAGAAGCCAGUGGCUCUGAAAUCUUUGCCAAGCCAAUAUUAAGAGAAGUUCUACACGACAGUAUGACCAUGUUUGUGUCAGUGAAGGUAGUGACCAUUCUAAUGUUAGUUAUUUUUGUUUUGUCUUCCAAGACUGGAUUUUGCAUGAAACAGACAGGCACCUGUGUGCCUUUUUGUACUGAGAGCAAGUGCAUAACUGUAAAUUAUGAUAGAGUGGAUUUUGGAACAGCCGAAGACAGAUGCCACGACAGGAAUGGCGAACUGGUGACAUUUCAGCGCGAGACAGAUAAGAACAUACUUGACAUGUUGAGUCAAGAAUUGUACGGAGACUUCUGGAUUGGACUGCGUUUACCAGCUAGUGCCUGCAGCAACCUUUCGACUCCACUGAGAGGUUAUGAGUGGACUUCUGAUGGUGCUGACAGGGGCUUUGUCUCAGCUUCCAACACUUGGA